UCAAAUAGAUUUCACAAAGUGGUCGGCGGGUUUUAUCGAGAAUGGAUUUAUUGAUUGUGUUUAAAAAGCUUAUUUAAUAAAAGAUAUUGUAAUACAAUAAUUUGCAAACAUGUUUACGCGUUCUAGAUUGUUUCUGUCUAAGGCCUUCACUUUAAAAAAUGUGAUUAAUGUUGAAUAUCAGAAUGAUGGCAGAUUCCUAUAUAGUGUUGCAGCAGCACGAUAUCGCUCGACAACACCCCUUAAUACUAUAAUCAUGUUCGUACCACAACAAGAGGCUUGGAUUGUUGAAAGAAUGGGAAAAUUUCACAGAAUACUGGAUCCUGGUUUGAACAUAUUAUGGCCGAUUGUAGAUAAAAUUAAAUAUGUUCAGAGUUUAAAAGAAAUAGCCAUUGAUGUUCCCAAGCAAAGUGCUAUCACUUCGGACAAUGUUACUCUUAGCAUUGAUGGUGUGCUGUAUUUGAGGAUAAUAGAUCCAUAUUUAGCAUCUUAUGGAGUUGAAGAUCCAGAGUUUGCGAUCACACAACUUGCUCAAACUACAAUGAGGUCUGAACUGGGAACGAUUUCUCUGGAUAAAGUGUUUAGAGAAAGAGAAUCUCUGAAUGUUUCUAUUGUGGAUUCAAUAAAUAAAGCUAGUGAGGCUUGGGGCAUUACCUGCUUACGAUAUGAAAUAAGGGAUAUCAAACUACCAUCUAGGGUGCAUGAAGCUAUGCAAAUGCAAGUCGAAGCUGAGCGAAGAAAGCGCGCGGCCAUCUUGGAAUCAGAGGGAGUCCGUGCAGCAGAUAUUAAUGUUGCUGAGGGUAAACGGCAAGCAAGGAUCUUGGCAUCUGAGGCGGAGAAGCAAGAGCAGAUCAACAAAGCGUCUGGUGAGGCGCAGGCGAUGCUCGCGAUCGCGGAGGCGCGCGCUCGCGGUUUGCAGCGCGUCGCCGCCGCGCUUGGUGCACCCGAUAGCAAACACGCAGCGUCAUUUUCUAUAGCCGAACAAUAUGUUGCGGCGUUCAACAAACUAGCAAGAACCAAUAACACACUUAUUCUACCGGCCAAUGCGGGUGAUGUCUCGAAUCUUGUUGCUCAGGCCAUGUCAAUAUAUUCAACAGUAACGGCUCACAAUAACCAGGUAUCACGUCCGCACGGCGAACCAAUUGUUCCAGAAAUAAUGGCGGAAGACCCUCUCUUCAAAUUAAAUACACUUAACGAGAGAGGCACGACCCUAGCCGGCCAACCGGUCCCCGAAGAAUCUAACGACUUGGCGGAAUAUUUCUCUGAUGAUGAAGAAAGGGAAAAAGCGUUACAGGCACAAAAAGAGAAGAAAAAAUUACAAUCCAUAGAAUUCAAAGAAACAUAGAAUUGUUAAGUUUAGAGAUGCUUGUUAUUAAAUAAAAGUAUUUAAAAGUU